UUUUUAUAUAGCUAUCCUACUACUACUACCCACCUACCUAUCGGCUAUCCCGAAAAUUUGUUGUUUGAUUUGCAUUAAUGGUCGAAACGUUGUUAUAUCAUAUAAUUCUCCUUGAGAGGCAUGUAUAUAAUUAAAUUCCUAUAUUGUCCUAGUAUUUACUUGUUAGGCCUUAACUAUUGAGUAAAACGAACGUUGCAAUAAGCAUAAAAAUGACUGAAAUAAAUAGAAAAUUCAUUGCCGUGGAACAAGUAAAGUUAAUGAUAGAUUUCAUGAACCAGCACGUGGAUUUAGCUAACGGCAACCUACGAACCCUGGAAGAAAGAACCCAAUCCAAAGCGUUAUGGGAGAAACUGGCCUCGACACUGAACGCCUACAGAGGGGGCGUCACGAAAACUGCUGAUGGCUGGAAUAAGUACUGGUGUGACUGGAAGCAUAAGUUGAAAAAACGAUCACAACUCGUUGGAAAAAACAAAUUAAGAUUAACAAAACUUGACAAGAAAGCUCUAGCUAUUUUAGGAGGAUGUGAUCAGAAAGCAAAUGAUUCUGCAUUAGAUGAAGAUUUUGAUUGUAAUGACUCGCCACCUAUAAUAAAGUUGGAGGCGUGUGACGAUGUUGACAGUAACCAUUUAUCUGGUGAUGAACAAACAAGUGAUGUAGAUUCUGAGUGUAACAAUAAUGAUGCUGUCAAUGAUUCUGAUCAAAAUUCUAGUGAUCCUCUGUUAUCCAAUAUAUAUCCAAAAUGGCUGAUAGAAGUUGAGAAAAAGCGUGCGGAAGCCGAGCUGCUUCGCGCGAAGGCUGAGGAGCAGAGAGCUUCGGUCGCGGCGAAGACAGCCGAAGCCGCUCUCAUACAAGCCGAGGCAUUGAAGAAACUCGCUGAAGCUACCUCUAAUCAGGCCGACGCUUUGAUGAGGAUAGCUACAGUUUUGGAGGCACGGGGGGAGAGCGAUGUACUCUCAAUCGGAAGAUUUUGAUGAUGAAGCAAAAGCAUAGAUGGCUUUAUUUACCUGAUGGUUUUAUCGUAUUUCUGAUGCAGGCUAUCGUCGAACUCAGACAGAUACCGAUGCGAAUGCACGAACAUUACUUUGUUUAUAUGAUAGCUUUUAUGUACUACAAGAAAUGCAAUGUAUGUCAAAUCCGGUAAUGUUUUACGAAAUGUUCGCCGAUAUUGUACAAUUAUUGCAUUAGAAAAGACAUAGUAAUUGGUAUAU